AUGCACCGUUUCAUGUCCCCCUUUCGCCGCAAGCAGCCGGCAGCCGGUGCUGCUCCUUCUUCAGCGACGGACGUGGGCUCCCUGGAAACUCUGGAGGCCGAAGCCCGGGAGGCCGAGGCCGCCGAGAAGAGGGCGGCCGAGGAAGCCAAGGAGGCCAAGGAUGCUGCUCGUAGACUGGAGGAUGCCGUCAGCCUGGCAGAGGAGCGGUUGCGCGCCACCGGCCCUGCUUCAGCCGCACGCGGCGAGGAGCUGAAAGGGGAGCUGAGGGACAUGGAGGCAGAAGCGGAGGCGCUGCGGGCGCAGGACAAAACGUCCGCCCUGCGGCUAUCCGCGCUGCGCCAGGCGAUGCCGGCAGAAGAUCUGCCGCGUCUCCGAGGGCAGGAGGAGGCGGUGCGGGCCGAGACACAAGAGGCUGCAAAUCUCCUCGCCGAGCUUCGAGCUCAGGAGUCGGCUACUUCAUUGCGUGUGGCUGCAUUGCGCACAUCCGUGGAUGAGCUUCGUGCUUGCCAGGAGUCUGCGGCCUCCGAGGCCUCGCAGUUGGAGGCCGCUCUGUGUGCCGAGGUCGAGGUUCUCAGUGAUGGCGACGAGGUCGAGGAGUUGAGCCUUUCGGAGGCGGAAGGCGACCCCAGCAUGAACGCGAGUGCCCUGCAAGAAGCCUGGCAGUUGGAGGACGAGCUUCGAGAGGCCAAGGAAGAGCUGAGGCGGCUGCGCCUGCGCUGCGAUCAUGGCUUGGUGGAGCGGAAGCCCAUGCAGGCAUACUGGACCUCGCCGGCUGCCACCCGCCCACCUGAAAUGCAUGGGCCCAUGCAGGAGCCUUUCAACCUGAACCCUCCAUCGAUGGCGGAGAAGCGCCAUGAUUCAUUGCUGCAGGCUGCACAGAGUUUGGUCUCUUCCACGCACGCCCCGGACUGCACAGCCCUUUCCGAACGCUUGGUUGCGGAAAACCGCCGCUUGGAGUCUGAGAUGCACGAGCUCCAGGAAUUUCUCGAGGCCCAGCCACUGAACUCCGGCGGAAACUGGGACUCGCGGCAGCCGCUGGCUGGUGCUGUGCACGAGUCACACAGCAAGCUGCGGAGCUCCAUGCAGCAGCAGCUGCAAAGCUCGCAGGACGCUCUUCAACACCUGCGCCAGGGCAUUGCCGAGGCAGAGGCACGGCUCCAAGCCGAGCGAAGGAAGCGGCCCAGAAACCAUAUAGGUAGCAUCCAGAAGCAAGCCAAGGUCAUGCUUGAGCUUUUCAAGCUCCUCCUGGGCAAGGGCACAGAGGGCUUCCGCACCCGGCAGGUGAGCCGGGACGAAGAUAAGAUCAUCGGAUUUGCAUGGAGUGGCUGUUCUGCCGUGACCGGUUCUCUGGUUGGUCUCGCCGUCAACACCUACACCUCUUUUGAAGCCCAGGAGCCAAAGACUUUUGCUUCGGGCGUGGAGAAGAAGGUGCCGCGGGCAGAAGAUCUCCCACCGGAUGCUUUCGAUUCGGCCGGCAAGAUCAAGGCUGAGUAUGUCGUGGAAGAGGCUUAUGCCUCCUAUCCCGAGAAGCACAGUGUAUGGGAUAAAAUCGUUGUGCCCACCGGCACUAUGACUUUAGAGGCCUUCAAAGCAUGGCUGGCCUCCGAGCACAAGCUCCAGCUUCGAACCUGGAGCUUCGUCCUCGGCUGGAAGAAAGUCGUGGACGAGGAGAACAAGGAGAUGCGAGUGCCCGUCUCCUGCCAGAUCUACCCUCCUCCUGUUUCGGUGGACGUAUCCUUGCUGCCGCCACUGACGGACGCGCAGGGAGACGCCAUGAAGAAGAUCAUGGGUUCAGCGCAGAUCCCACAGGCACAGAAAAUGAAGUGCCCCUUCCGACGGUGUCAGAGCCUUGAAGGCUGCGAAGUUGGCAAGGAAAUAGAUUUCACAAAUGUCGACACCGACGUGGAUGCGAGUUUCUGA